UUUACAGUUCAUGUUGCUUCUGUUUUACGUGAAUUUCGCGGCUUGUAUUGCAGAAGAGCGAGCAAUAUACUUGGUUUUAAUGGAAGGAGACCCGGUUGCUUUCCAUAGAGGUUCUUCGAUAAACAGUGAAGUUUCCGAGGCUCAUGCAAAGCACUUGGUGGAUUCUCAUGACCAACUUCUGCAGAACACUUUAGAGAGUGGAAGUUACAAGAAGCUCUAUAGCUUCAAACACAUUGUAAAUGGCUUUGCAGUCCACACCACCCCUUCCCAGGCUAGAAGACUCAAAGAUGCUUCAGGAGUGAGGUUGGUAGAGAGAGAUAGAGGGGCCAAAUUGAUGACAACAUACACUCCUCAAUUCCUUGACUUACCAGAAGUAUGGACACAGGAAGGAGGAGAGAAAAGUGCAGGUGAAGGGAUUGUGAUUGGUUUCGUAGACACAGGCAUCAUUCCUUGCCACCCAAGCUUUGCUUAUGAUCCCAUGAAGCUUUUCACCUCAAAUAUUUCUCACUUUUCGGGAGCUUGUGAGACUGGUCCUCAAUUCCCGGCUGGUUCUUGCAAUGGAAAGAUAGUUUCAGCAAGGUUCUUCUCAGCUGGGGCUCAAGCGGCUGUAACUCUUAAUACAUCAGUGGACUUUCUCUCACCCUUUGAUGCUGUUGGACAUGGCAGUCAUGUGGCAUCAACAGCAGCUGGAAAUACGGGAGUUUCCGUUUUGGUGAAUGGCUUUUUGUAUGGACGGGCUAGUGGAAUGGCACCACGCGCACAAAUUGCCGUUUAUAAAGCUGUCUAUCCAACCGUGGGAACUUUAGCAGAUGUGGUAUCAGCAAUUGAUCAAGCAACUAAAGAUGGAGUGGAUAUCAUUACACUCUCUGUUGGACCAGAUGAACCACCAGAAGAUAAAUUCACCUUCUUAAAUGUGUUUGAUAUUGUCAUGUUGUCUGCACAAAGAGCUGGAGUUUUUGUGGUGCAAGCAGCAGGUAAUCAUGGCCCAGGGCCUUCUACUGUGCUGUCUUAUAGCCCUUGGGCUGUUGGUGUAGCUGCUUCUGGCACAGACAGGACCUACCCUGGUUCUCUUCUCCUGGGAAAUGGACAAAAAGUUGGUGGUGUGGGAUUAUCAGGACCAACUUUGGGAGACGGGUUAUUUCUAUAUAAGCUGGUUUUAGCUAAGGAUGCAGUUAAGAUAAAUGGGACAUUUCCAAGAACUCCACAGUAUAUUGAAGAGUGCCAAUUUCCAGAAGCAUUGGACCGUAAUGUAGUGCUAGGUAGUGUUAUCAUCUGCACCUUCUCAGAUGGCUUCUACAAUGGGAUCUCCACUCUCACUGCCAUCGUGGACACUGCAAGAACUUUAGGAAUCAAGGGUUUUAUUCUAGUUGCAAACCCAACCUAUGGUGAUUUUAUCGCAGAACCCAUUCCCUUCGCUGUUCCUGGCAUUAUGAUACCCUCUGUUGCUGAUGCCAAGGUUAUAUCACAAUACUAUAAGCAGCAAAUAGAAAGGGAUGGGAGAGGAUUUGUGACCAAAUUUGGUGCUAGAGCGGCUAUAGGAGAUGGAAGGGUUUCUUCUUUCAAGGGGCAGGCACCUAUAGUUAGUAGAUUCUCUGCAAGGGGACCAGAUUUCAUUGACAAAGACAAAAAUCCUGCUGAUAUACUUAAGCCUGAUAUUCUUGCUCCAGGGCACCAAGUUUGGGCAGCUUGGAGCCCCAUUAGUGCCUUAGAACCCACAUUAGAGGGAUACAAUUUUGCACUACUGUCUGGCACCAGCAUGGCAACACCUCAUAUUGCAGGAAUAGCUGCACUCAUCAAGCAAUAUAAUCCUUUGUGGACUCCAUCAAUGAUAGCUUCUGCAAUUUCAACCACAGCCAACAAGUAUGACAUUAAUGGAGAACAUAUAAUGGCAGAAGGAUCAGAUAACUUGUAUCCCUCCACUCCUUUUGAUUUUGGUGCUGGCCAUGUCAAUCCUACCCGUGCAUUGGAUCCUGGUCUAGUCUUAUCCUCAGGAUAUGAUGACUACAUCAGUUUUUUGUGCUCUCUACCCAAUAUGGAUCCAGCUUUAGUCAAAAACUCUACUGGAGAGUUGUGCAAUCACUCUCUUAGCCACCCAGCUAACCUGAACCUUCCUUCAGUGACAAUAUCAUCAUUGGCUGGGGCUCAAUUAUUGCGACGGACUGUCAAGAAUGUAGGGCUCAAGCCAGAGACAUACUUGUGCUCUGUGAUGCCACCAAAUGGGACACUGGUUAACUUGAAUCCACCUUGGUUUACCAUAGCUCCACAAGGAACCCAAGAUUUGGACAUACAAAUUAACGUGACCAAAGCAAUGAAUAACUGGAGCUUUGGUGAAAUAGUUUUAACAGGCAGCUUAAAUCACAUUGUGAGAAUAACCUUGUCAGUUUUAUUUCAAUAUCCUCAUGAGAAUUGAUAGGUUUCUUUCACAGUAUCUAUGGCUUUAAAUAUCAUGGUACAUAUAUCAUUGUUCGAGAACAAAGAAUAUGAAAGA